CUCAAUCGGCAAAUCGAGUUGUCAAUUUUUUUUCAGUGAAAAAAGUGCUUGAUGUGGAAAAAUAGUGGAAAAAAUAUAAAAUAAUGCUGUAAAAUACUUAAAACCUUACCAGGAAACAACUAGAUAGUUCGCAUCGCAAGAAGAGUCACAAUGGCACAAAUUCUUCAGGGAAGAUUUGGGUUCAACCUGAAGACCUCUCGUUCACUGAGGCCUCUUGUGUUGAAUCUCUCUCGGAUGAACUUCUCAACCCUCAAUGGGAACCAUGGCAUCCGGCAUCCCCAACGGAGGAUUCUGCAACCAAGCAAUGUGCCUCUAUAUAUGACUCCAAGGCGAACUUAUGCAAUGAUUGUGGCCAGGAUUCUCCGUGGUGCCCUCAAAUUACGGUAUCUUGUUCUGGGCGGAGCCAUUGGGGGUGGAAUGACUCUGAAUAAGAAAUAUGAAGAAUGGCGUGAUGGACUUCCGGACAUGAAAUGGCUAGAUGAUGUCCUGCCCGACAAUGAGCAGUGGCACAAAUUCUCCAAGAGUUUAAUGUCUGUGGGUGAAGCUGUAAGAGAUUCAAUUGAGAUUGAUCCACGUCUGAAGAAGAUCAGCGAAGAAAAACUUGCCGAAUGGCGUGCGUGGUUCGACAAUCGUCUGGACAAUGCCAUCGAAGCAGCAGAAACCACAACAAAUCCUACAGUUGAAGGUUCAUUCCAGACACUCUCUGAUAUAAUUUCCGAUAUGUAUGGAGUAACUAAGGAAGAAUUGAAGGCGAAGCAUCUGGUGGAGACUAAGGGGAUGUCAGGAGCUGAGGAAGCUCACCGGAAGCAUCAGACAAUGCAGCAGCAGAUUGAGGAACUUCAGGCAGAAAUGAUGACGGUGCAGCUCAAGUACCAGAAGGAAUUGGAGAAGCUUGAACGAGAAAAUAAGAAUCUGAGGCAGCAGUAUUUGAUUCUCAAGUCAAAUCGGAAAUCUGGAGCGAAAAAAAUCAAAAAGAGCCUCAUUGACAUGUACUCUGAAGUCCUGGAUGAACUAUCUGGAUACGAUACCAAUUACACGAUGGCUGACCAUUUGCCACGAGUGGUUGUUGUUGGUGACCAGAGUAGUGGUAAAACUUCUGUGCUAGAAUCUAUUGCCCAAGCUAGAAUCUUUCCCCGUGGAAGUGGUGAAAUGAUGACUAGAGCGCCAGUUAAGGUCACCCUUUCAGAAGGUCCCUACCACUUGGCCAAGUUCAAUGACUCAGAACGAGAAUAUGAUCUGACGAAGGAAUCAGAAUUGGCUGAAUUGAGGCGUGAAGUAGAACUGAGAAUGCGUCAUUCGGUGCGCGGUGGAAGGACAGUGAGCACAGAGACCAUCUCGAUGACGGUGAAAGGUCCGGGAUUGCAGCGAAUGGUGUUAAUUGAUCUGCCGGGAAUUAUUUCGACAGUGACAGUUGAUAUGGCUGCCGACACAAAGGAUUCUAUUCAUCAGAUGACCAGGCAUUAUAUGAGCAAUCCAAAUGCUAUUAUUCUUUGCAUUCAAGAUGGUUCAGUGGAUGCUGAGAGGAGUAAUGUAACAGAUCUCGUAUCACAGUGUGAUCCUUUGGGGAAGAGAACAAUCUUUGUGCUGACCAAAGUGGAUUUAGCUGAGGAGUUGGCAGAUCCUGAUAGGAUUCGUAAAAUCUUGGCCGGAAAGCUCUUUCCAAUGAAAGCCCUAGGAUAUUUUGCCGUUGUAACCGGAAGGGGUAGAAAAGAUGAUUCAAUAGAAACCAUUAGAGAUUACGAGGAGAGAUUCUUCAAGACCUCAAAGUUAUUCCAUCGAAGUGGAACAGUAAUGCCUCAUCAAGUAUCCACGAGAAAUUUGAGUCUUGCCGUUGCCGAUAGAUUCUGGAGGAUGGUACGUGAGACGAUAGAACAACAAGCAGAUGCAUUUAAAGUGACACGUUUCAAUCUCGAAACUGAGUGGAAGAAUAACUUUCCCAGACUGAGAGAAUCUGGUCGGGAUGAGUUAUUUGAGAAGGCUAAAGGUGAAAUUCUCGAUGAAGUGGUCAACUUGUCUCAGAUUUCGGCCAAGAAGUGGGAAGAGGUUAUUCUCAAUACUCUCUGGGACAAGCUCUCGAGUUAUGUCUUUGAGAAUAUCUAUCUCCCAGCUGCACAAUCAGGAUCGCCAAAUUCCUUCAAUACCAUGGUGGACAUCAAGCUGCGUCAAUGGGCAGAUCAAUCACUGCCAGCUCGUGCUGUAGAAUCUGGUUACGAAGCCCUUCAGAAGGAGUUUUUGGAGCUUCUGGAACUGGCUAAAAAAUCUCCAGAUCACGAUGACAUCUUUGAUAAUCUGAAAGCUGCAGCUGUGGAUGAGGCUAUUCGCCGAUAUACGUGGGAAGAUAAGGCUAUAGAUAUGCUCCGAGUGAUUCAACUUAACACUCUGGAAGAUCGUAUUGUUACUGACAAAGGUGAAUGGGAUCAGGCAGUGCGUUUCUUUGAGGCUUCGGUGAAGGAGAAGCUGAACCUGACAGAAAAUACCAUGGCUGAGAUGUUUGGACCAUCAGCAUGGCAACGAUGGACCCAGUGGAAAUAUGCAACAGAUGAACAGCAGAAGAGACGCAAUGUCAAAGGGGAAUUGGAUAAAAUACUCGUCAGUGACUCGAAACAUCCACCAACGCUCAGCUACGAUGAAUUGACAACGGUGAGGAAGAAUCUUCAGCGUGCUGGACUCGAAGUUGAUACAGAAUAUAUACGUGAGACAUGGUAUCCUGUCUACCGACGUCAUUUCCUGCAACAAGCUCUCCUGAGAGCCUAUGACGGUCGUAAGGCCUACUACCUCUAUGUAACCCAAAAUCGAGAUCGUGGUGACUGUACUUUAAACGUCAAUGACAUCAUCCUCUUCUGGCGCAUUCAACAAGUGAUGAAAGUAACAACCAAUGCACUGCGACAGCAGGUGAUAAAUCGUGAGGCUAGGCGUCUGGAUAAGGAAAUCAAAGCGGUUCUGGAUGAAUACAGCGAAGAUGAGGACAAGAAAAUUCAAUUGCUGACGGGAAAACGGGUCUCUCUUGCUGAGGAAUUGCUUCGAGUUCGGAAAAUCCAGGAGAGACUUGAGGAAUUCAUUAAUGCCCUCAACAAAGAAAAGUGAACAUAAUUCCUGAGACAAACAACAUCGUUUAGCUUCUCUUAUUUGAGUAUUGUAAUUUUUUAUGUUUUUUUUUUAUAAUUUCCUUUUUUUUUCGAUUCACGCGCCAAGUGGAUCCCGAUGUGGAUUUAAUCUUGAUCCAAUUAUCGAGAAGAAAAUCCUCUACAAAAGUCACACAGCUUAAAGUAAUGAUUUAAAAGUCCGGGAGAUAUACAAUUCCCAACAGUUAAUUUGUUAAAAUUCAACAGAUUAUUUAAUUAAUAAAAAAAAUUGUAGCUUAUCAA